AUGUCUCCAAUUAUAUCCACGUAAGUAUCGAACAUGUCGCGAGAGAGCGCAUCCAUCACGACUACUUAAUACAUUCUUCGAUGUAUACGUACAGACAAAGUACCACAAACUACUAUUUAAAGUUUAUAAGAAAUACGACUGUGUUACAAUAAAGUCUUACUGUGAUACCGUUCAAUUUCAAUUCUAACAAUAACAAAUACAAACAUGAAUACAACGUGGGAAGAAUUUUAUGUCAAACAUUCACCACCUCAAGAUCUAGCUCAGAGCGAACUAUCGCUAAAAGAAUUUACAGAACGACAUUUGAAAAAAAACAGUAAAGUCGUACUAGUAACAAGUGGUGGAACAACGACUCCCUUAGAGCACAACACGGUAAGAUUUGUAGAUAAUUUUAGCGCAGGAACAAGAGGAUCUGUAUCUGCAGAAUAUUUUUUAGAAAAAGAAUAUGCCGUUAUUUUUAUGCACAGAGUCAAAUCCCUAGAACCAUAUUCGAGACAUUUUAUAGGACACAAAUUUUUAGAUAUGUUAAAGGACGAUCAACAAGAAGGAAAACAUGUGCUCACAGUAUUGCCACAAUAUACCGAACAAUUAACAAUGAUAUUACAUAAAUACAAAGAAGCUUCGAGUCAAGGCAAAUUACUGCAAUUGACCUUCACAACUGUUUCCGAAUAUCUCUGGUACCUUCGAUCUGCGUGUCAAGCGCUAGCUUGUCUUAAAAACAAAGCUAUUUUAUAUCUUGCAGCAGCAGUUUCAGACUUUUACAUUCCGUCAAAUGAAUUGUCGGUUCAUAAAAUCCCUUCCAGCGGACCACAAACAAUAUCCCUUCAACUAGUACCGAAACUAUUAGCUCCUUUAGUUAAUUUAUGGGUUCCACAGGCGUUUGUAGUGUCGUUUAAAUUGGAAACCGACGAAAAUCUAUUAAUUCCGAAAGCGAGAAGCGCGCUCAACAAAUAUAAACACAACUUGGUCAUAGCUAACAUGUUGCAAACUCGAAAGCAGCGAGUAAUAAUCGUCAGUCAAGAGAACGAAUACGUAAUAUCUCUCACGGACGAACAGUUGAACAAAGGCGUAGAAAUCGAACAAUUAAUUGUCAGCGAUCUCAUCGACAGACACGAAUAUUUUAUACGAUCUACCGAGAAAUCUAGUUGAUGUGCUUUUUUCCAACACUUUUUAGUUAAUAUAGAAUGCAUUUCAAGUUGGGGAAUAUUUAAUAAAUAUAUCCAAUAAUCGAUAAUUAAUAUUAUAUUAGUACAUUUCCAUUACUGAAGUAUUAAAAAAAUUUGUUAAAAAUCUGAUUCUAUUAUUUUAUAUGUAAUAAUAUUUACAUGUUAAUAAAUUUCAAAGAAUUUUUAGUCGUUCUA